GGGGUCUACACACAGUCUUUGAUGUAAACGGGUCAGACUGUUGCUGGUAGUCUAGGCUCCUGAUACCAAGGAUCAUGUUCCAACUUCUCUUUAUUUCUUUCUUUCUUUUUUUUACCCAUCCUGGUUGGCAUCCUGUUGGCAUCAACAUUCUCCAUAGAAAAAUGAAAAAUGGAGGCCGUGGGUGGAUGUCUCAUGCUCUUUUCUGUACACAACAGGAUAUUUAGCUCUCUCACUUCUCCUAAACACCAAUCCAUUCCCUGCUCUGCCCUUGACCAUAUUUCCUUCUCUCUGAAACACAGAUUGGGAAGCUUUUAGGGGGUCCCUCUCUCGUCACCAGAAACAUGUAACAUCAAAGGGGCGGGGGGAGCAGUGUGAGUGGCCUUUCAGAGUACCAGACCAUUGCUUAUCUGACCUGCUAUCACAACAUUGUAUUUUUCCCCCUCGGCUACUUACGUUUGUGUUUCACUCACCAUCCAUCAUGAGGUCAGUGUGUGUGUUGAGGUCGGGGGCGGGUGUUGCUCACGGCUUUCAGUUACAUUGGGCGAGUGAUUUUUACUUGAGCGCGGCUAUUGUUUUUCCGCCCCACAACCCCCUCUCCGGAGGAAAUGGACGGCUGUAUCAAGUCGGAGCACGCUUCCUGUGCUUGUUGUCUUGAGAGGACCUCUUGGGAGUGGCUAAGAAAGUGCCCGGAGAACAGUCAAUGUUAGUCAGUCCCUGACGGUUAGGGCCAGAAGAGAGAGAAAGAGACAGAGUGAGGGAGAGAGGGGGAGAAGGAGAGAGAGAAGCACGGUAGAAAGACAUUUGGCUCUCGGUGUGUUAGAGAGACUACCUGUUGCUUGCAAUACGGAUGUGUGUACUGCAUGCUGGAUCCCAUAGCAAAAUGGACACUUGGAUAUUCUUGAUGGCCAUUCUGCAAGUGGCCUCUUGCUUGGAGAGUUUUCACUAUGCCAUUCAUGGAGAUGCGGUGAGCUUUGAGAAAGCCAAAGAGAACUGUCAGCAUGUUGGGUAUCUGACCAGCCUGGAAACAGACGAAGAAUUCCGGGCAGUGCAAGAGGCAGUGUUACAGCAAAACCCAGCUGACGGGACACACACGUACUGGAUUGGUCUCUGGAGGAUGACUGGGACCUGUCACGAGCCUUACACACAGUUAAAAGGCUUUUUGUGGAUAAAUGGAGGUGACCAAGGGGCACAGGGGAUCAAGUGGAACAACAAGCCUCCUGAAACGUGCACAAAUGAUCGAUGUGCAUACAUGUCCAUCACAUACGAAGGGGCAGCAGUUAAAGAUUGGGGACUGGUGAGUGAGAGUUGUAAGAAGGAGCACCCCUUCAUCUGUAAAGUCAAGGGUGAAAAGACAACUCCAGCACCAAAACGUUGCACGAGACCCGUCAUAGGAGAGACACAUGAUUACACGCAGCAGAUGGACGAGCCUUCCAAAAUGUCUAUCGUCUGCCUCAAUAAAACACACGAGCUAACAUGCGCUCUGGAAACUCUGACAUGGACCAGGAUGGACGGGAGCCCAGUCGAUUUUUCAACACUGUGUGCGCCAUGUCUGGUGGGUCACCAAAAGUCAGACACCGGUGAAUGUGUCGAUAUCAACGAAUGUGAAAAACGGCCGUGUAGAUCUGACAGCACCUGUGUCAACACAGUCGGAUCGUAUGUCUGCAAGGACAUGUCACAACCAACCAACAACCAACUAACACCGGUGGAGGAGCACGCCCACCACACUCCCCCGCCACCUGCUGCUCACCUCCCUGACGAGGAGGGAGACGAGGAGGAGGAGAGGGAAGACCAGGCCACCACACGGGCCCCGGAGGAGGCGGUGGUCAACCCUGACGAGGAGGUGCUGGUGCACGCCACCCCGCCGUCGCCGGACUACUCGAAAAUCUACAUCCCCGUGGUGGUGGCUGUGCUGGCCCUGCUGCUGCUCCUGGUGCUCAUCCUGGCCGUGGUGGCCUGCUGCCGACGCAGGAAGAGGAGGCGCUCCAAGAGCCUGGCCGGACACAAGAGCAACAAGGAGUCUAUGGCGCUCAGGGACUCCAUGGAGAAGGUGAACGACAAAUGACGCUGAAUGAAUGAAUGAAUGAACGAUCGAAACAAAGGAGCGAACGGACAAUGGGAGGAGGAGGAGGAGGAGGAGGUGGUGGAGGGCCACCCACAACGGGAACUCUGAGAUGAUUAGAGUAACUUUAUGGAAAUUAAGGAUGGUAUUCCACAAUUGCCUUUGCUGCUGUCUGUGUGUGGUGUCUGUACAGCACUGUGGCAGAUCACUUCACUGGGCUAGAGCAUAGAGGCUUGCAGACUUGAGGGAAUAAAUUAAGCCUACCGGCACAACUUUUUUCACUUUCAGACAUGGCGUUAUCAGGUGAAUUAAGGGCUGUUGUUUUGAAUUGCUAUGUAAUACUGUAUGUCCACUGGUUCAGGCCGUCUUGCACUCCUUGAUCAAAAGCUACUGAAGAAUGUAUAUGUAUGGUGAAGUGAGCCUCUCAGAGGAGUCCUCUGAAGAAAAAAAAAACCCAUAGUAUCAAAACAUCCCUCAAAUUCAUUAAUUUCAAACAACGUUAAGUACUUUUUUUCAUAUAAAGUUCAUGGCAAUGGGAUGUUUUGACAGAUUAAUUUUGGUUCAUUCUGCAGUGUUUAUUGUCAUCUCACAUUUUUCUCAUCUUUUUAUAAAUGGAAAUACAAACAUGUGCAACCUUAGAACAACUGAUCUGAAACACUGUACAAAUACUGCUAGAUUAUAAAGGGAAAAAUAAAGGGAAAAUUAACACUUGAGGUUUGGGGUUCCAUCAAAUCUGUCUGUCAACACUGUUCACUUUAGAAAACGCAUGAAAUGGUGCAAAAUCGUUUGUCAGAUGUAAAAUAUAACAGCACUUUCAUAAAUGCAAAUCAAUGGAGGGAGGUGACAGAAAAAAAGUAAAUCUACAUUAAAACCCAAACAAUGUUGGAGGACACUGAACAAGGUAGCUGGACUGAUAUCCGUGGGCAGGAUGUGGUCCUCUUACAAGUGUAAACAGUAGUUUCCUGUAAAAACGGCGGUUAGUCUCCACCACCCUCCCCACCCACUGCCAUGCUGGAGUCGGCAACCAAAAGAAAACUACGCAGAAAAAAGACACGACGCCGUCAACAGUGUCCUGACAGACAUACAUUGGCGGGAUUUAACAUGAGCUACAGUUACGGACUUAUUAAGCACUGCAGCGUCAGCGCAUCACCCAGUCCUCACUCUUCUACUCCUGUCCAGGCACGACUACAGUAGCAGCUUUGUUUUGACUCAUACCACAUGAAAGCCACGGUCAUAUUACGAUUGACAUUAAUGCAAGGCUAAAUUAUGUCGCUACUGAUGAAGCAUAAUCCACCUUGCUGUUAUGAUAAAAACACUUAACGGUAUUUAUACUUUGUUCAUAACGUUGCGUAAAAAGUUAUUAUCGCGAGUGCUCAUUUU